AUGAAUGUACUUAAUGGUUCCAGUUAUCGGCGUCAUAAUGUUAAAGUAACAUAUCAUCAAAUCUGCAACUGGUUUGCUAGUCAACGAGCUGCUAAUAGGAAAUCGCCACAAUCAAAUCAUACAACUGUCGCACAUUGUGCACCAUCAGUGGCUCAAUCAUCCAUUUUACUUCCGCCUCAAUCACGUUCUAGUCCAUCCGGUGAAUUCCGUCCAAAAUUUGAUUUUAAUAGUUUGCUAGAUAGCAAGCAAGCUAAUGGAAAUAGUAGUGAACGUAUCGAAGGAGGUUCAGAAUCGCCGACGCCAAAUGAUGAUGUGAGUGUGCAUAGUGCUAGCGAUUGUGGUUUCGAUCAGGUUUCUGCACUGAAACAGGAUUCUGCAACUUCAUCACCGGAAAUAUCAUUUGAUUUAAAUGGUGGUCAUGCGUCAAUAUCACCGAAGCCAACCGGUGGUGAAACUAUUGGACAUCAGCAAGCAACAAGUAAUGGUAAUGGAAAUGGUAACGCUACGUCAGGGCAGCCACAACAAACACAGACACCAUCCAACACAGUUGCUCGAUCAAGGUUAAUGUUCGACCCACUCACGGAAUUGCCAGUUCUAGAAAAAUGGUUUGAAGAAAAUCCGCAUCCUACUUGGCUCCAGAUUGACCAUUAUACAGAAGCGUUAAACAGCUGUCAGUAUAGACAAAGUUAUCCACCAAUCUCGACACACAAUGUUAAAAUUUGGUUUAAAAAUCGGCGAGCCAAAUGUAAGCGUAUGCAGACUGGUGAUUUGAAUUUGAAAAUGAUGAUUUGA